AAUCAAAGUGACUAAUAAUAGCACAUUUGUCCCAGAGCUUCUCGAGUCAAAGUUCCAUUUUUUUUUUUUUUUAAUGCUUUUCCCCAAAUUUUCCGGUUGAAGGCCGAUCAAGGAAAAUAAUCAAACAAAGGCAUCAAUCUCUGAUUCUGUGUAAAUGGGCAACUCUCAAUCGCCUCGAUCAAGUUCUCGCUUCACAACAGCUUCCAGAGCUUUUACCCAGAAGGAGCUGGAAGAUCUCGAAUCACUGUUCCUAUCCCUUGCUGCUCAAUCAAAUAGUGAUGGCAAAUUCGUAUCCCCCUCUGUUUUCAAGUCAUAUUUUGGUCUUCGUGGUCCUCUUGGAGAAAGAUUGUUCGAUUUAGUGACUCAGAACCGCAAGGACAAGAAACUUACUUACGAAGACCUCGUUAUAGCUAAAGGUACCUAUGAGAAAGGAACAAAUGAAGACAUUGAAGAGUUCAUUUAUCAGUUACUAGGUGUGUCAGAUGAUGGUGUCCUUGGAAGGUCUGAUCUGGAAUCGGUUCUAAUAGCAAUUUUCAAUUCUGUAUUCCCCUCAACAAAUAAUGAACCUGGAUUGGAUUCACAUCAGGAUGCCAUACAAAUAUUUGUUCGUGCAGCGACUUUCUCAGAGAAUGAUGAACAAUUUACUUAUGAAAAUUUCAAAAACUGGUGUUCGUUGCUUCCAUCUGUCAGGAAGUUUCUUGGAAGUUUACUAAUGCCACCUGAUAUAGGGAGACAUGGUUGCCAAGUUCCAAACCUGGUUUAUGGGGAAAAUGUAGACUCUAAUCUUGUGUUGUUGAAGAAGGAACAUGCUUGGCAUUUAGGAGGAGCUCUUCCUCAGCAUGAGCUGGAGGAGUGGAGACUACUUUACCAUAGUGCAGUAAAUGGUCUGAGUUUCACUACAUUUUUGGGCAACAUAACAAACGAUGGAGGACCAACGAUGCUGAUAGUGAAGGAUAAAGAAGGUUAUAUAUAUGGAGGCUAUGCUUCUCAGGCAUGGGAGAGGCAUGGUGAUUUCUAUGGAGAUCUUAAAUCAUUCCUAUUUCAGCUGUAUCCAAAGGCAGCCAUAUUCAAACCAACUGGAGCAAACAAUCACAUACAAUGGUGUGCGGUAAAUUUCAGUUCGGAUAGCAUCCCAAACGGCAUAGGUUUUGGAGGACGAGUGAACCAUUUUGGGCUAUUUGUGUCGGCAAGCUUCGACCAGGGGGAGACGUUUGAGUGUACAACAUUCGGGAGCCCAUGCCUGUCAAAGACGAACCGAGUAGAGCUGGAAGUGAUAGAGUGCUGGGGAGUAGGACAGCAGGAAAAGCAGUGUGGGAGUAAAGAGAAUAAUGGAGUGACGGGCAGUGUGUUGGAGAGGUUCAAAGAGGACCGUCAUAUGCUCAACAUGGUUGGCCUCGCCAAUUCAAGUGAUUGAUCAAACUGUAUGGACCCUAAUCCAUUUUGAUUUUGGUAUGGAGUAGUAUAUAAACUCAUGCAUCUUCCAGAUUUUUAGUUUUUGAGUUAUACAUGGAUAUUAUUCUGUUAUUACCAAAUUAAUUUAUAUAAUAUAUAUAUAAAUUCUUUUUAACU